AUGGAGUUCAGGGCGGCGGCGAGACAAGCGUCGCUACCAGGGUUUACUGUAAAUACAACGGACGAAGCAUUCGGUAUCCGAACAAGUGAAGACCAACUCAACGCGAUGUGCCCACACUUUAUGAGAUUACAACUGCUGCAUAACUCAAGGAUACGGGCAGCUAUGAGAGGUGGUAUCCUGUUUGAAAUAAACCAAGAGAAGACUACCGAAGUGCCGUAUGUUGAUGAAUGUACUCACCAAGGUAAGAUGAUGCCAUGGGAAGGAACUGUAGACCUCCAGUCAAUCCAAGGAGGCACACCCUAUCCUCUAGAAGUCACGGAGCCUCCAAAUCAAGGCCAUAACACCGAGGGUGUGAUGGCAAAAAGCCACUUUCGUCCAGACGUAUCAAUGGAGCAUAGAACAGAAGAUACUGUGGUCAAGAACAAGGACAAAAGCUUUCCGAAAGAGCUUACGCCUCCGAACACGGUGAUGAAGCGAGUGGUGUCGGCUAAGCGUAAACAGAGAGAGCAGCAGGAGAAGGAGAAAUAUGUCAGAAUGCCCAACUUCACGGCUAAUGGAGAAGAUGACGAUCUUCCAUUCUUCCGUAGUAAAGCGAGGGUGAUCAAAUCCACGACUUCGAAUAGUGAAGAACAGUGGCUAAAGCGGAAGUCGAGACGGGAAGCGAGUCCAGGGAAAUCGAAACAAAGUGAGCAGAAAACACCCCCACGAGCCACGAGGAGUUCAGUUAGAACACCAACUCGUGUGACAUGGAGCACACCAAAUCGAAUCAAGAAGUCACUGGGAAAUGCACGAAAGCGUUCACCGAAGAUCGCCCGGUAG